AUGGCUAUUUGCGAGACGUUAAAGGACUUCCUGCAACAGUGUAAGACGAAAAUGAACUUCAAGGAAGACAGUGAUACACUAGAGAGCCUCGAAAAAGAAAGUGGCUCCAGCAGUCAGUCCAGGAUCCUGGACAUUGAGAGAGCUGAAAAGGCUGAGUUGGCUGCACUCAUUCAACAUGCAGAGAGGCUGUAUGCUUCCCAGAAAGGCAGCAGUGAUGCUGUUCUGGAGAGAAUGGGACUCUCCAUCCAGCAGGACACCCUCCCCUCACCUCAGCCACCAGCUUUUCCCAGAAAGAGCCCUAAAUGCUCUCUUCCAUGGAGAAGGCUCAGGCCCAUCGUAGAGGAGGACAAAAGGAGUCUGACGUCCACGGCUAGCCAGACGUUGUUAGAAGAGGACCCUUUCUUUGACAAGAAGCUGCGUUUGGGCUGUAAGAUGAUGACACUUGCCUGUAAGAUUGCCAAGCUGAGAGCUGCAAACAGGAACCGAAGCCCAGACUCUACCCCCAGCUCUGUGGACACGCACACUGAGCUAAGGGCUAUUUCACACAUCCGCUCUUUCACCCCUACUCCUCCACCUACAGCGAUCAGGAGACCAUCUCGUAUCCCAGUGUUGAAACGUGGUGGAGCAGGUAAGAAGGCAGCUAAUAGGUGCAAGCUCCAGCCAGCAAAAAAUACAUUUGAGGAACAUGGAGAGCCCUUUGAGAUGUUCCAGCUCGACCACCGUCCUUCACGGGUUAGGGUUAGUGAACAACCUGCAGCCCCCAGAAGGACCGUGGCGGUGGCACCCAAGGUUCCAGCACCUCCAUCCAAAGCUGCCCCGCCCAACAGAAAAGGACCUCGCCGUGGGACAAAACUCCACCCAAAGGCUGUCGCAGCUCAGGAAGACCUCCAGCCUUUCGCCAAGCCUGCAGAGAGCCUGUCCCUCUCCUUCACACAGCUGACCUCAGAUGACUGGGAGAAGAAACUGGAUGGACUGAAGUCUGUUCGAGUUUUGGCACGACACCAUCCGGCAUUACUGCAGACCAAACUGCAUGAAGUCUGCCUGGUCGUUGCAGAAGAGGUGAAUAACUUGCGCUCUGGUGUGGCCUGUGCUGCAAUGGCCACCGUAGCAAAGCUCCACGUUCACCUGGGGAGGGCCAUGGACCCUGAGGCAAAUUGGACAGGCCGCAUCCUGCUGCUGAAGUUGGCUCAGACGACCAACGCCUUUGUUCAAGAGCAGGCUAACCUUGCCCUGGAUGCAUUGGUGGAGGGCUGCAGCCCGGGUAGAAUAUUGGACGUUCUCCUCGACACAGGGCUGAGGCACCGUUGUGCUGCAGUGAGGGGGAGCACAGCACAGCACCUCCACCAGCUGGCGGACAUCGUUGGAGAGAAUCACAUCUUGACAGCAGGGAAGACCUUCGCUCAGCGUUUCCUUAGUGCUGUCAGUAAGAUGGCCGUGGAUGCUGCACCAGAAGUCAGGCACUAUGGACAGAUGAUGCUCCAGGGACUUGCCCACCAGAAGGAGUUCAUUGUUAUGUGGGAAAAGAUAGUCCCAGUGAAAGACAGAAGUCCCUUGCAGAAGAUCUUGAAGAAGAUGAGGCAGUAAAAGCAGAGGCGACGGAUAUCAACUUUUUUUUUUUAAGAUUAUUUUUUUGGACAUUUUUAGGCCUUUAUUGACAGGACAGCUGCAGCAAUUUGCAUGUUCUCCCCGUGCAUGUGUGGGUUUUUUUCCGGGUGCUCCGGUUUCUUCCCACAGUCCCACGUUUGCAGAUUAGGUUAAUUGGACACUCUAAAUCAGAGGUCCUUCAUCUUUUUUUCAGCCAAGGACAAAUCAAGAGAAAAGGGCUAAAUUGAAGUGCCUUUCAGAUCAUAUUUGGUGUCCUCAGAAUUACUGCAGGGUGCCGCCAAUUUUUUUUGAAAGUUAAAAAGGUCUGAAAAUAUACAUUAACAUGAACAUGAAUUAUACGUGAU